CCCGCGUUUGGAGCAGUUUGGAAGGAUGAUGCAUAGUGUACUUUUUUUUCAGUUUGAACAGAUGUGCUUAAUUUAAUCGCAUGGUUUUUGCGUUGCCAUUUAUCGUUUCUGAUAACGUGAAAUGAAUAAAAAGAUCUCUGGCCACGUUGCUAAGAAAUUCAAAUAUAGCAAAAAUAACGACGAUGAGGACGAUUAUCGAGGAUCGUUUGAAGCUGAACUGGCUACAAUGGAUGAAAUGGAAGAUGAAAUUGGCAAUAUGUCACAGAUUAUCGGAGAAGGACCUGAACAAGAGAACACAUCCGUGAAAUGGAAUAGACCGAAUCCUCCUGAUUUAAAUCCAGCAGAAGAUUCUUUAAUAUUUCAACAAAUAGAUGUUGAUCAUUAUACAGGUACUGCCAUGCCUGGUAUGCCAGGAAGUAAAUUGGGACCGGUACCAAUAAUGAGGAUGUAUGGAGUGACAGUAGAAGGCAAUUCGGUCUGUUGCCACAUUCACGGAUUUUGUCCAUACUUUUUUGUAUCUGCUCCAUCAACGUUUACUAAUGCCCAUUGCAAGCCAUUCAAAGAUGCUUUGGAACAGGUUGUUAAAAAAGACAUGAGAUCGAAUCCGGAAAAUGUUCAGGAAGCAAUUUUGGCAGUCGAAUUAGUUUAUAAACAGAACUUGUACGGAUACUUGGGUGAUGAUAAAUCGUUAUUUCUAAAAAUUACCGUAGCCCUACCAAGACUGAUAGCCCCGUGCAAAAGAUUGCUCGAAAAGGAAGUGAUUUAUGAAGCAAUCAAUCAUAAUUACAAGGCUUUCGAAAGUAACAUCGACUUUGAUAUAAGAUUUAUGGUAGAUACAUCAGUAGUAGGAUGUUCUUGGAUUGAAUUGCCGCCUAAUCAGUGGAAGUUACGAGGCCAUUAUGGUCAUAUGGAACCUCUGACGAGCAGAUGCCAGUUAGAAGUCGACGUAGCAUGGGACGCGUUUAUUCCUCAUGCUCCCAGUGGAGAAUGGUCAAAGGUUGCUCCUUUCAGAAUUCUCAGCUUUGACAUCGAAUGUGCUGGGAGGAAAGGCAUCUUUCCCGAGCCGAACCACGAUCCGGUUAUCCAAAUUGCAAGUAUGGUAAUAAGACAAGGUGACAGGGAACCUUUUCUACGGAAUAUCUUCACCUUGGACGUGUGCGCACCGAUCAUUGGCUGUCAGGUGCUAAGCUUCGAAAAGGAAAGCUCCAUGUUAGAGAAAUGGGCAGACUUCGUUCGACAAUUGGAUCCCGACAUCUUCACGGGAUACAACAUCAAUAACUUCGAUUUCCCCUAUUUGAUUAAUCGAGCGCAGCAUCUCAACGUGAAGAGUUUCAAUUACCUCGGCAGGAUAAAAAAUCUAAAGUCCGUAGUCAAGGAUCAGAUAUUGCAGAGCAAGCAGAUGGGAAGGCGCGAAAAUAAGUCGAUAAACUUCGAGGGAAGAGUUCCGUUCGAUCUGUUAUUGGUGUUGGUGCGAGAUUAUAAAUUGCGUUCGUACUCUCUGAACGCGGUAAGCUACCACUUCCUCCAAGAGCAAAAGGAGGACGUCCACCACAGUAUCAUUACGGAUCUGCAAAACGGAACCCCUCAAACUCGCAGGCGCCUGGCGGUCUACUGUUUAAAGGACGCCUACUUGCCUCUGCGGCUGUUGGACAAGUUAAUGUGCGUCAUCAUUUACAUGGAAAUGGCGAGGGUGACCGGAGUCACGCUGACGAGUUUGUUAACGAGAGGCCAGCAGAUCAAAGUCGUCUCGCAGCUGCUGCGAAAGGCCCAGGAAAAGGAUUACUUGAUGCCAGUGAGUCGGGGCCACGCCACCGAGGAGCAGUACGAAGGUGGAACGGUCAUCGAGCCGAUGCGGGGUUACUACAACGACCCCAUCGCGACGCUUGACUUCAGUUCGCUGUACCCCAGCAUCAUUAUGGCGCACAAUAUAUGCUACACGACGUUGCUCGGUACCGAAAGGCAACAGAGGUUCGACAUCAGGGACGAGGACGUUACCAGGACGCCGAGCAACUCGUCUUUCGUCAAGAGCAACGUAAGGAAAGGACUUCUCCCCGAGAUCCUGGAGAACCUGUUGUCGGCCAGGAAGGCCGCGAAAGCAGAACUGAAGAACGAGACGGACCCCUUGAAACAAAAAGUUCUCGACGGUAGACAGUACGCCCUGAAAGUCUCCGCCAACUCCGUUUACGGAUUCACCGGCGCGCAAAUGGGGAAACUACCCUGUUUGGAAAUCUCCGCGAGCGUCACCGCGUACGGUCGAACGAUGAUCGAGCGCACCAAGCACGAAGUAGAGCAGCGGUUUUGCAGAGGAAACGGCUACGAAAACGACGCGGUGGUGAUCUACGGCGACACGGACUCGGUCAUGGUCAAGUUCGGCGUCAAGACCAUCGAGGAGGCAAUGGAGCUCGGCAAGGAAGCCGCGCGAUACGUCUCGUCCAAGUUCAUCGAACCGAUCAAACUCGAGUUCGAGAAGGUCUAUUUUCCGUACUUGCUGAUUAACAAGAAGCGAUACGCCGGGCUGUACUUCACGAGGCCCGACAGGUACGACAAGAUGGACUGCAAGGGGCUGGAAACGGUCAGACGGGACAACUGUCCCCUGGUCGCCAACGUGAUGAACACCUGCCUGCAGAAGCUGCUGAUCGAAAGGAACCCGAAGGACGCCAUGGACUACGCGAAGCAGAUCAUCAGCGACCUGCUCUGCAACCGCGUGGACAUCUCCCAGCUGGUGAUAACGAAGGAGCUGGCGAAGACCGAUUACGCCGCGAAGCAGGCUCACGUGGAGCUCGCCGCCAAGAUGAAGAAACGCGAUGCCGGCACCGCCCCGAAACUAGGCGAUCGGGUCCCUUACGUCUUCGUGAACGCUGCCAAAGGUACCCCGGCUUAUCUGAAGGCCGAGGACCCGAUUUACGUCCUGGAGAACAGCAUCCCCAUCGACUCGAAUUACUACCUGGAGAACCAACUGGCGAAGCCGCUCGUCCGAAUCUUCGAGCCGAUCCUGGGCGACAAGGCGGAAUCGCUUCUGCUCAAGGGGGACCACACCAGGACCAAGUCCAUGGCCACCUCGAAGGUCGGCGCUCUGGCCGCCUUCACCAAGAAGAAGGAGACCUGUUUGGGGUGCAAGACGGUCUUGCCUGCUGACCGGGACACGGCGGCCCUCUGUCGGUUUUGCGAGGGAAAGAAGCCCGAAUUCUUCCAGCUGGAGUUGUAUGCCGGUCGGAAGCUCGAGGAAAAGUUCUGCAGACUCUGGACGGAGUGUCAGAGGUGCCAGGGAAGCCUCCAUCAGGAAGUACUGUGCACGAGUCGAGAUUGCCCGAUAUUUUACAUGAGGAAAAAGGUGCAGCUGGAGCUCAACGAUCAAAUUAAACGAAUCGAGAGAUUCGGAAUUCCUCAUUGGUAAGGAUGAAAGGUAGCGGGAAAAAAUAGUAUCUGGCGUAGUAGGAAUCUUCGAGGUUAAAAAUAUUUGUCUUAAAAUGCUUUCGUCAAAGUAUGAAAUAAUGCAAUAACUGCAGGC